CACACGAACCCGCUGCCCGGACCCACCUCGGCUCCGUUUCCAUUCAUCGGUUCCUCUCCUUCCGCCCCCGCUUCCACGAUCGAUCCAACCUGAACCACCCAACCGGUAACCGCCUCCUCGCCGCCCCCGCCCCCGCGUCCAAUGCCACCGCCACCGCCAUCGCCGCCGUCGCUGCCGUCCGUGUAGCGUCCCCGCGGCGAUGGGCAACACCUGCGUCGGCCCCAGCGCCGCCGGCCGCAACGGCUUCCUGGCCAACGUCACCCUGUGGCGGCCCCGCGGCGACGACCCCGCGGCAGCACCAUCCCUACCGCCGCCCUCCUCCCCCGCCUCCGACAAGGCGCCCGAUCCCGUCACCAUCCCUGAUUCCGAGCAUUCCUCGCACCACUCAUCCCGAUCCGCCGACCUGCCACCACAGCCCCCCACCUCCCAGGCGCAUGGGCAGGCGCAGGACAACCCUCCGGCGAAGAAGCCCGCGCCCAAGGUCAAGCGCGUCCAGAGCGCGGGCCUCCUCGCGGACUCCGUGCUCAAGCGCGACGUUAACACGGCCCGGCUCAAGGACCUCUACACAAUUGGCAAGAAGUUAGGGCAGGGUCAAUUCGGCACCACCUACCUCUGCGUCGAGAAGGCCACCGGCCGGGAGUUCGCAUGCAAGUCCAUUGCCAAACGGAAGCUGCUCACGGAGGAGGAUGUCGAAGACGUGCGCCGCGAGAUCCAGAUCAUGCACCACCUCGCGGGUCAUGCCAACGUCGUCUCCAUCGUCGGCGCCUACGAGGACGCCGUCGCCGUGCAGCUCGUCAUGGAGCUCUGCGCCGGUGGGGAACUUUUCGAUAGGAUCAUCCAGAGGGGGCACUAUUCCGAGAAGGCGGCCGCGCAGCUGGCCAGGGUGAUCGUCGGCGUCGUCGAGGCGUGCCACUCGCUCGGCGUAAUGCACAGGGAUCUUAAGCCGGAGAAUUUCUUGUUUGUCAAUCAAAAGGAGGACUCGCCCCUCAAGACCAUCGAUUUUGGCCUGUCCAUCUUCUUCAAGCCAGGCGAGAUGUUUACAGAUGUCGUUGGAAGCCCAUACUAUGUAGCACCUGAGGUUUUGCUAAAAUUCUAUGGCCGUGAAGUUGAUGUCUGGAGUGCUGGUGUCAUAAUCUAUAUCCUGUUGAGUGGAGUCCCUCCAUUCUGGGAUGAAAGUGAACAAGGGAUAUUUGAACAAGUUUUGAAAGGUGAACUGGACUUUUCGUCAGAGCCCUGGCCUAGCAUCUCAGAAAGUGCAAAGGAUUUGGUCAGGAAAAUGCUUAUUCGUGAUCCAAAGAAGAGAUUGACUGCCCAUGAAGCCUUAUGUCACCCUUGGGUUUGUGUUGAUGGAGUUGCUCCUGACAAGCCUCUUGAUUCUGCUGUUCUAAGCCGGUUGAAACAAUUUUCUGCAAUGAAUAAACUAAAGAAAAUGGCCCUUAGGGUUAUUGCCGAGAGUUUAUCCGAGGAAGAAAUUGCAGGGUUAAAAGAAAUGUUCAAAAUGCUUGACACUGACAACAGUGGUCAUAUCACAAUGGAGGAACUAAAAAAUGGCUUGCAGAGAGUUGGUGCUAAUUUGAUGGACUCAGAAAUCAAUGCUCUAAUGGAAGCAGCGGAUAUCGACAAUAGUGGCACAAUUGAUUAUGGGGAGUUCAUUGCUGCAACUUUGCAUAUAAACAAAGUUGAAAAGGAGGAUAAGCUCUUUGCUGCUUUCUCAUACUUUGACAAAGAUGGCAGUGGUUACAUAACUCAAGAUGAGCUCCAAAAGGCAUGUGAGGAGUUUGGUAUAGGCGAUACCCGACUUGAGGAUAUUAUUGGGGACAUCGAUCAGGACAAUGAUGGACGGAUCGACUACAAUGAGUUUGUUGCAAUGAUGCAGAAGGGAGAUAAUCCUCUGGGAAGAAAGGGACAUCAAAGUAAUGCUAAUUUUGGUCUUGGAGAUGCACUUAAGCUUCGGUAAAAUAGGAGCAGAUGUUUCCCUUCAUAGCAAAGUUAGCAUUCAGCAACUAAGAAAAAUUGACCAAGCAACAGCUCCAAAAGCUUGUCCCAUGUCGGUACUCUGGUCUUCAAGCUUCAAUGAUGCCCUAUCAAAAAUCCGGGGUCCCUGAAGCAACCUAGGAGCCUGAACUUUUGCCGGAAAGCAUCAACCUCACAGAAUUAACUAUAGAGUCCUCAUGCUCAACAUGGCAUCUUUUGAUUUCCCUCCUUUCUAGUUCAUAUGUAGUGGCAACGAAACCUUCUUCAGCCCAUCGUGUAUCUGCGUUGUAAUUUAAGUAAGCAAGUGAGUAGGUGAGAUCGCUUUUUUCUGCCCCCUCUGCUCUUUCCAUUCGGAAUCAACGGCAGGAAGAGAGUGAACCAUCCUGCACUUGCAUUCCAAGACUAAUGUUUCAAUUAUUUUCAUCCAUGUUGGAUAGGUGUAGUUCUUAGUGUCUGUAAGAAUAUAAGAUUGUAUUAUUGUAGGAGUCUGACCAACGAAACAAGUCUUCUGUGUUGAUUUUUCUCUGUUACCAAAACGUGGUGAAUGAUUAGCCGCUUUUUUUUGUCCUAUGUUGAUGUGGUUGUAUGUUUGUAGUUUGUGCCGUCACGCCCGGUUUGCUGUGUCCUAUACUAAAGGCUUGUUUGACAGGGCUCUCACGAAGAGUUCCUCUA